AUGGAUAGUACUCAGUCAAACAAACUCGUUGCGACCCGUGAAGCACUCGAUGCGCUCGACGCCACCAAGGAUCAUCGCGACCAGGACCCGCCGGACACACAGCACGAAGAUGGGAAGCUAUCAGCUAGAAAGAAGGCGAUGUCGCUCUUUGGCAAGAAGCCCGGGCAGAAGAAGAGCAUUCCCGAGGAUGAGAAGACAUAUACCAAAGAGACCCUAUUCUCCGACCAGGAAAUGAUCCUUCAGGACUUUCUGCUCGAAAGCCUGAAGUUCGGUUCCAUGACUGAUCGAGAAGACAGUGUUGCGGUCGCUCACGACGGCACCUUCGACUGGAUCUUAGCUGCCGAUGGCUCAGAGAAUCACCACAGCUCUAGCGUCCAGGAGUCGCUGGUGAAGUGGCUAUCCAGUGGGAACAACGACGGCAUCUUCUGGGUCAGCGGCAAACCCGGGUCCGGGAAGUCAACAUUGAUGCGCUUCUUGAUGUCCCAUCCUACCACGAGGACAUUUCUGGCGACAUGGGCCGGGGAUGAGCCACUCAUCACAGCGGGGUUCUAUUUCUGGAUCAGUGGCACCCUGGAGCAGAGGUCCCAGACGGGGCUAAUGCGUCAUCUGCUGGUCCAGCUGCUGGAUCAGGAGUCUCAUCUUGUCCCGGUCGUGUUUCCGGCGCGGUGGAAGCAUCUCAGGCGCCUGACUACGCGAGAACGGAUCAAGGCGACGGUCGCCUGGGACUUGAAGGAGUUGAAGGACGCAUUGCGGUGGUUCAUGCAGCACACAGCCGGUGAAGCCAAAGUUUGUCUGUUCAUCGAUGGCUUGGAUGAGUUCGCAGGCAAUCACGAAGAUGUGAUCUCGUUUCUGCAGGAGCUCGUGUCCUCGUUCACUCACCUCAAGCUCUGCCUGUCCAGUCGGCCGCUGCCGGUAUUCCGUGAAGCCUUCGGAAAGAACCCUAAGCUGGAACUCCACGACUGCACGCGCCAGGAUAUGCUGGAUUACUCGCGAGACCAUCUAUCUGCCGAUCCGGAGAUCCAGUCCCUCUUCAGCAAGGAUCCCGAGAAGGCAUCACAGCUCAUUCUUGACAUCGUGAAUCGGGCUGAUGGUGUCUUUCUCUGGGCAGCACUGGCGGUCCAAUCCUUGUCGCGGCGAAGUCAUCUCGACUUCCCCCAGCUCCAUGAAUCCCUGCUCCAGCACCCAACCAAUAUAGACGACCUCUUCACAUAUUUCAUCUUCGAGCAAGCGAGUACCAACCAAACAACCACCAUCUCCCGCAUCUUCCAGCUCCUCAACGCCCGCGAAGACGCCUGCAACGCCACCGGCCAAGAAGAAGCCAUCACCAUGCAACUAUGGGAGCUCGCCCUCGCCGACCAAGUCGAAGCCUCCGAGCUCAGCAUCCCCGAAGACGUGCAACAGGCCAGCGACGAACAAAUCGAACAAAUCUGCUCCCUCACAGCCAGCCGAUUCACCAACGAAUGUGCAGGCCUGAUCGUAACGCACCGGCCCAACCCUUCGACCAUCCGCGUCCACCACGCCACCACCCCAUCCCCAGCUCAUCUCCUCGCCCAGCGCAAGGUCACAUACGUCCACCGCACAGUGAAAGACUACCUUUCCCAACCCGAGAUCUGGGCCCGCCUCACCCACCCGCUGAAAGACACUUUCGACCCGCACCACUCCCUCCUGACCUCCCACAUCCUCCAACUCAAACACCCGCUCGACCCCUUCACCCGCCACCGCCAGAUCGACGAAUGGUGGCCCGCCAUCCCCCUUGCCUUCACGCACGCCCGCCUCUCCCCCUCCCCCGAGCCAGAACUGCUCCUCAUCCCCGCCUUCGACACCGCCCUAUGCCAGCACUGGUCCUUCCGCGCCACCGCGGAGACCGACCACUGGGCCAAAUCGCUCUUCUCGACGUACGAGAUGCGCAAGCGGGCGGCCUUCGAACACCCAUUCCUCGCCCUCGCGGCGAAGUUCGGGCUGGCGCGGUUGAUUCGUCAACAAAUCCGCGAUGGGACACUUCGGCCUCUAGUACCCGCAGCUGCCCAAGUACCCAUACCCGUACCCCCGCCCCCUGCAAAAAAUCCCGAUCCCGCAAAGAAACACCCCCCCCAAGACGACGACGACACGCUUCAUCCCGACGGCGAAGACGACCCAACACCAAAAAGGGUGAUCCCCCUCCUCCCCCACACAACACAUCUUCUCGCCCACCGCCGCCACACCGUCUACCCGCUGUCCAGCCCCCAGAUCAUCCGCGACUUGCUCGAGGCGGGCAUCGACCCGAACCAGCCGUACAUCAACCUCCAGGGCAGAGCGCGCACGCCCUGGAUCGAUGUGCUGGAGGGCCUGCGCGAGGCGGAGCGUCGUCGGUGGCUGCGGUACUACGAUGUGGACCCGCAGGGGAUCGGCCGGGUGGCGGAGAUCGUGCGGCUGUUUGUGGAGUUCGGGGCGGAUGUGAAUGCGGUGGUGCCGGCGGAUCGGUGGGAUCCCGAGGCUAGUGCGGUGGACGUUGUGGGGAGUGUGUGGAGGGGGCUGGCAGCUUGGGAGUUUGGGGCGCUCAGGGGGAUGUUGCUGGGGAGGGGUGGGGUGGGCGUUAGGGAGGGGGUGGAGGGGGUGUUUUUUCGGGUCUUUGGGGGGUAG